AUGUCAACACCGCCCCAAGUGAAUUGUCCCCAGAUUGGGCCUCUGGGGUUUGAGAUGAAAGAGUCAUCUACUUGUUCGGACCGCGACCUCAAAGGUGUGCAAUACCUAAGCGAAGAGACGAGGACCGACAGCACAAUCUCCGUCGCAACACCAGAUGCAUCGACCAAAUGGGAAGAAAUUCCAGAAAAACCCAAGAAGCUGACAAGAGGUCCACUCAAACAAUUGUGCAGCCUCAUGGUGACACACGUUCCGGCACUGACCAUUAGCUUCGCUCUUUUAUGGCAAAACUCUGCGCUUCAUUUUUGGUUCGACUUUGAAAAGACAAUCUGGAUCAACGGGCAUGAGUUCAAUACCAACGAUAUACUCCACAUGCUGCAGAUAGCAGCAAAAUUGUACGAGCUUCUGGUCUUGUUAUCCUUGUCCAACAUUGCCCUCGAUCUAUAUCGAAUAAAGUUGAUGGGCAACGGUUUGCCAUUGGGUCUGGUCACGUCGGGUUAUAGAAUUGGCGACUUGUCUUAUCUCAAGCAUUCAGGCUUGCUUUUGGCUUUCCGCAGCCGUGCUGCCACCUUUGCAAUCUUCAUCGCCUUGGCCUCACUCCUGUCCAUCGCAAUGGGUCCUGCUUCCGCCAUCUUGAUGAUACCUAGCACGGGCUGGUGGGAGUUUCAUGACCCUACAGGCACUUUGUCCUUGGACAUUGGUCUGGAACCACAAGCAGAAAUUGACUCUUGGCCCAGCCGACUCGAUGUAGAUUGGCUCAACAGGACCGGACUACUUUACCAAUGCCAGGGGAGGAGAAUUUCCCAGGGAUAUAUCUGUCCUGCAUAUGGUAUUGACACAUUCAAUCUAUGGAUCGGAAGUUGGGACUCAAAUCGACUCAUUCCAAACAUCAGCAUAGCCGGAAAUAUGGCUUCAACCGAGAUACGAAGAUGGAUAAGCAUUAGUAACACAGCAACUAGCGAUGGGCAGAUCACCUUGGCCACGACGGCUUCCUCUGCUGCGCUGGAAGUCACUGGCUACUUCAUCGACUAUGUGGACAUGUACUACUCGCAAGCCGCCGAUUUGUUAAAAGAUUUUCGGGUAAAUAUCGCACCAUCAAACCAACUGUAUCAACCACUGGUUCAGUCCAAGUGUCAGUUGUGGGAUUGGGAUCAAGCCCGGGAUGCACUGCGCCGCAAUGAUAGCAGCGGACUACCAUACUGGUCCCUAGACGGCUUGGACUGUCUAGGCGAUACAGCCUGCAAUAGUUGGAAAGAAUUUGAUCAAACGGAUCGCCAAGUUGACAGUCAGUACUGGGACUUUGACCCGGAAGCUAACAUGUUUCCUAUUUUUCGCUGGAUCAAUACAACGGAUGGCCUUCUAUCCGCCAUGGUCAAGAUACCGUAUACUGCUUACGGGCCUCCUGAUCCAGAUACCGGGUUGGUAGAACCCAUAGGGCAGCGAUGGUGGGCCAGUGUAUGCACAUUCAUACCUCACUGGGUCUCAUCUUCAAUCAGUCUUCCGAUCCGCCGGACGAACACUGUGGAGACUGUUGCUUCGAAUGCCGGAGACGGUUGGAACUUGGGAAUAUUUAGCGACUUGGAGGAGAGUGUCAUGAUCACGAUAGAACACGAAUGGGCCGAUAUGCUCAACAUACCUGUCAACGAUACCGUGGCUGCUUUAUGGAAAGACCCAGACUGGGACGCCGCCAAAGACCCUCCACUGACGAUUGGGAUCCUCGACUCACUCCUGGGGCCUACCAUUGAAAGCGACGAAGGCAAUCCAGGCUAUCUGUCGACCGGGUUUCAGUAUCGAGAGGACUCGAGCACUCAAUCCUCAAAUAUUGAGAAGGUCCUGAGCCUAGUCCUCGUCAACGCUCUCUCCCAUGCAACCACUCUGUCGUCCGCCCCUUAUGUAAUCACGCAGCAGACUCCUGACCUCUUGGAACUCCUCUACAUUUCGCCAGUAAAUCCCACUGGUUAUGUCCCCACGCGGCUCGACAGGGGAAAUGGAAGCUGCCCCGUAAUUUCGUCCUCAGAAGAGGGCGACACUUUUUGCUUGUCCGGCUAUGACGAUUUCGAUCAGAUCACUGCUGAGUUUGCGGCAUACCAAUCGUGGACAUUUACCAUAGAUGAGUUUGGAUAUGGGGCAGGCGUACCCUCACAAACCUUGACGUUUGCUCUUUUCGUUGUCUAUACCUACCUUGCUGUGGUCUUUACCUAUCUCCUGGGUCUCUUGCUCUAUUGCAAGAUCAUUCCAAGAAUGUUUAGUUUUCGUGAGCAGAUGGAUCGCCCGGUACAGGUGGCGGGCUGGGAUGAUUUACAAGAUAUUGUCGCCUUGUCGUGGAAGUCACGAUGUCCCGAUGAGCUACAGAACACGGGAGCAGGCGUCGGUUCCUUCUCAAAGGUGUGGAAAAGCCGUGCCAUGGUUCGCGUGACUUCGGGAAGGAAUCUGGAACUGGUGAUUAACGACCCUGGUGAAAUGGAACGAGCACGGAGAGAAGUGUAUUAUUCUUAA